AUCCUUGUUAAUUAUAUUUAAUAGACUUUGUUAAGAGGUUCAUGAACUUGGAUCUUCAACAUUAAACUGUGGAUCAUUUCAUUCUAUGUAGUUAAGUUCUUCUGGAUUAAUUGAGAAGAGGCUUGAGGGUUGAAGUUGGUGAUUGUAAUUUGUGAAGUGCCUGAAAUCGAAGGACUCAUGGCUGAGCUGGUUGGGGGAGCAUUUCUCUCAGCGUGCCUUCAAGUGACUUUUGAUAGGUUGGCUUCAAGUGACAUAAAAGACUACUUCCGAGGAAGGAAACUUAAGAAUGAGCUACUCAAGAAGCUAGAGAUUGCACUUAAUUCUAUAAACCAAGUUCUGGAGGAUGCAGAGGAAAGGCAAUACAAAAACCCAAAUGUGAUGAAGUGGCUUGAUGAGCUUAAAGAAGUUGUAUAUGAAGCAGAGCAGCUUUUAGAUGAGGUUGCUACAGAAGCAUCACGACAGAAGCUCGAAGCUGAAUUUCAACCUUCUAAUAGCAAGGUACUAGGCUUCUUUACAACUAUUAUUAAUCCAUUUGACAAAGAAAUUGCAUCAAGGGUCAAAGAAAUGCUUGAGAACCUAAAUUUUCUUGUAGAGCAAAAGGAUAUAUUAGGACUGAAAAAAGGAACUUGUGCUGGCAAUGAAGAUGGAGUCAGUUGGAAACUCUCCAACAGGUUGCCAACUACAUCUUUGGUGGAUGAAUCUGGCAUAUGUGGUAGAGAUGAUGAUAAAGAGGAAAUAGUCAAAAUUUUACUUUCUGAUAGUGUCACGUGCAAUCGGAUACCAAUAAUUACCAUAGUGGGUAUGGGAGGGAUAGGUAAGACCACCCUUGCUCAACUUGUGUAUAAUGACCAAAGAAUAGAUAAUCAAUUUGACCUUAAAGCUUGGGUCUAUGUUUCACAUGAUUUUGAUGUUGUUUUUGUCACAAAAGCAAUUCUUAAGGCACUUCAUUCCUUAUUAGAAGAAGAGAAAGACUUGAAUCUGCUCCAGCUUCAACUGAAGCAAAGACUGAUGGGGAAGAAAUUUUUUCUUGUUUUAGAUGAUGUCUGGAACGAAAACUAUUUAAUCUGGGAGGUAUUAAAAGCCCCCUUCAUUUAUGGAGCUUCAGGAAGUAGAAUUCUUGUUACCACGCGUACUAAGAAGGUAGCAUCAGCCAUGAAUUCCUCCCAAUUACUUCAUUUAAAGCCACUAGAGAAAGAUGAUUGUUGGAAGCUAUUUGUGAAGCUUGCAUUUCAUGACAAGGAUGCCACCAAAUAUCCAAAUCUCGUAUCGGUUGGCAGAAAAAUUGUUGAGAAAUGUGGAGGGUUGCCUUUAGCUAUAAAAACACUAGGAAAUAUCUUGCAUGCAAAGUUCUCACAGCAUGAAUGGGUUAAGAUAUUGGAAAGUGACAUAUGGCACUUAUCUGACAAUGAUAGCAACAUUAACGCUGCACUAAGAUUGAGUUACCACAAUCUUCCUUCCCAUCUAAAGCGUUGUUUCGCUUAUUGUUCCAUAUUUCCCAAAGGUUAUGAGUUUGAGAGGGGUCAAUUAAUCCAAUUGUGGAUGGCCGAAGGUUUGUUGAAUUGCUGCCGAAUAUAUGAGAGUGAAGAAGAGUUAGGUAGUGAGUUCUUCAAUGAUCUAGUGGCCAGGUCAUUUUUCCAACAAUCAAUGCGCCGUGGUUCUCGCUUUGUUAUGCAUGAUCUUCUCAAUGAUUUAGCAAAGUCGGUGUCUGGAGAAUUUUGUUUACGGGUAGAGGGUGAUUUGGUGCAAGAUAUACACAAGAGAACACGUCAUUUUUCAUGCUCUCAAAAACUUAGCCUUGGUGAUAAAUGUUUGGAGCAUAUUUGUGGGUGUGACAGAUUGCGUUGUCUUAUGGCACUCAGUUGGGAACCUGGCAGGAAAGGCUUGAUGAUAAACAGCAAUGUCCAGUGUGUUUUAUUUUCUACACUAAAAUAUUUGCGUGUUCUAUCCUUCAGUGAGUGUCUCCUCACAGAUUUAGUUGAUGAUAUAAGCAAUUUAAAGCUUUUGCGUUAUUUAGACCUUUCGUACACUGAGAUUAAAAGAUUACCCGACUCCAUUUGUGUGCUGCAUAAUUUGCAAACACUGAAAUUGAUAUGGUGCUAUCGUUUGACAGAGCUCCCUUCAGAUUUGUACAAACUUGUCAACUUGCGUCACCUUGACUUGCGUAUGAGCGAAAUAAAGAAGAUGCCAAAGCAAAUGGGUAGGCUAAAACAUCUUCGAACGCUGACUUGUUUUUACAUUGGGAAGCAUAGUGGGUUUGAUAUUGAGAAGUUGGGGAAUCUCAACCAUCUCCAAGGAACACUUUCAAUUUUGAAGUUAGAAAAUGUCAUUGAUCCUGCAGAUGCCAUGGAAGCUAAUAUGAAAGAUAAAAGGCAUUUAGAAGGAUUAGUGUUGAAUUGGGGUGACAAAUUUGGAAGGUGCAGAGAAAAUGAUGACUCAAUAAUUGAAAGGCAUGUAUUGGAGGCUCUCCAACCAAAUAGUAACUUGAAAAGGCUCACUAUUUUACGUUAUGAUGGCACUAGCUUGCCAAGUUGGUUCAGCAGUUCUCAUUUACCAAAUUUAGUAUCUAUUAAGCUCUCUGAAAGUAAAUUCUGUUUCAUCUUGCCACCAUUUGGGCAGCUCCCCUCUCUGAAGGAACUUUCUAUUUCAUGCUUUUAUGGAAUAGAGGUCAUUGGGCCCGAGUUUUAUGGUAAUGAUUCCUCAAACAUUCCAUUCAGAUCUCUUGAAACUUUGAAAUUUGAGGAAAUGAGCGCAUGGAAAGAAUGGUGCAGUUGUGAAGGCCACAAUGAUGGUGAAGGUUUGUCUUGUCUUAAAGAGCUUUCUAUAAGGCGUUGUCCUAGGUUGAGGAGGACACUGCCUCAACACCUUCGUUCUUUGCAAAAGUUGGUAAUUUGUGAUUGCCAACACCUUGAGGUUUCAAUUCCCAGAGCUGCUAAUAUUCAUGAGCUAGAACUGCACAAGUGUGAAAACAUUCUGCUAAAAGAUUUGCCAUCUAGCUUGAAGAAGGCCACACUUCGUGGAUCUCGCAUCAUUGAGUCGUGCCUCAAGCAAAUUUUGUUAAAAAAUGCCUUGCUUGAGAAUUUGAUAGUACAUGACUUCCAUUGUCCAAACCUAAAAUGGUCCUCUUUGGAUUUGCAAAGUCAUGACUCUCUUGGCAAUCUAAGUAUAACAAGCUGGUACUCCUCCUCAUUGCCUUUGGCACUGAACUUGUUUGCCAACCUUCAUUCUCUAUAUUUGUGUGAUUGUCCAAAACUUGAGUCAUUUCCCAAUGGAAGUUUGCCAUCAAGCCUAGGCUGCCUCAACAUUGAGGGUUGCCCCAAAUUGGUUGCUUCUAGGGUGGAGUGGGGAUUGUUCAAACUCUAUUCUCUGAAAGAACUCAGGAUUAGUGAUGACUUUGAAAAUGUGGAAUCUUUCCCAGAGGAGAGGCUAUUGCCACCCACUCUUAGUGAUCUUUACUUAACUAGAUGUUCAAAGCUAACAACAACAAACUCUAUGGGUUUUCUCCACCUCAAAUCUCUCAAAUCCUUUUAUAUAGCCGAUUGCCCUCGUCUUCAGCUUUUGCCAGAAGAGACUUUACCUAACUCCCUUUCUGUUCUGUGGAUUCAUAAUUGCCUUCUACUUGAGCAGCGAUACCAAAAAGAUGGAGAGCACUGGCACAAAAUUUGUCACAUCCCUUCUGUGAUGACUAGUUAGUAGCUGAAACAUGCAUCAUUCAUCCAUCUGUUUAUAUUCAGUGCUCCCAACAAACGUGGUUUAUUUGGUGAAAGGUUGAUCUGAAAUGUAGAAUUGUAACAGCUACUUAGGAGGGUGAAUUGUCAUAUAUCCACGAAUCACGAUACAGAUGCAUAAUCCUUAAAUUAACAACGAGUGCAAAUCCAAUCUUUAUAUUAGAAUGAUGAUAUGUGUCCUUCGGAUCGGUUGACUCGGUUAGUCUCUCAAUAUAAUACGCGUGACUCAUUUGUUUAGUCAAUGAGUACUAAUUUUUUUAAGAAAAAGAAAACACAUAAAUACGUUAACAAAUGGAUAAAUAGAACUAAUUGAUAAUUAAAUCAUUGACCCAAAAUAGAAAUUGCUUUGUGAACAAGGCUUUGUACCCUUUCAAUAAGCCACGUGUGAUUGUUUCGUUAGAUUAAAAUCAUUAAAGAAGAAUCCAUAUAUAAUAUAAAUCUUUCAAUAAUGUCAACAGUAAUAUUUCUCCCUCGGUCAUUCUUUAACUAAGCAAUCAGCUUCAUGGUUAGGUUCUCACAGGAGUGGGCCACUGAAACAAAUCAAUCUCUAGCUAGUAACUCAAUGACAUUUAUGGUUAUAGAACAAUACUUGUGAUAUAUUGAAGUAUUUUGCGUGACGAGGGAGAUAGCUUCAAACAAUUCCCGUAACCAACCAAAUAAAAUUAAUUUGUUGAUUAAAAAAGUUGUUGCAAAUUUAAAGCUCAACAAUUUCAAGGGAUUGGUU